ACUCGCCUUCCUGUGUUGAGGCGUGGCUUCAGCUCUACGCUAAUCCUCUACUCUGACUUGUGGCUCUACCCUGACUUGCGGACGAGAUGGGACUGGGAUGCUGAUCACCGCAAUAAGCGCCCGUUGUCCCAUUGUACUCCCAGGAAAGGCAAUCAUUCAUUUGGUACUGAUCUCCAGGCAGUGUGACUGAAACGCACUUUGCCACCGGAGGACUGACAGAUCGCCCUGGUUUGGAUGUCCCCCGGGGGGUGCCCGAGGGGGGCGCUGGUAGCGGGGCGGGUUUUGGACGGAACGGCCAUCUUGCUCGGUUGGCGCAGCCCACGACGAGCGCAGUGCUUCACUCGCGAUCGACUAGCGCGACGCCCUUUAUCAUAACGCGAUUCCCUUCACGCGACAGCUCACGACGCGCGCGCGCGACGAUGUCUGCAGGACACUAUGAUGAGGGCCUCCUGGCGGAGGCGCCCAAGGCGACGAAAGCUCAGCUGCAGGAAGGCUACAACCCCGACAUCCUCGCGCCCCAACGCCCCGCCACCACUUCCCCCACCCGCGACAUCGAGUCCAAGGGCGCCAGCCCCGCCGCCACACCCGCCCUCUACACCAGCACGCCGCGCACGCUCCCCUUCUGGCGCACCAAGAAGGGCAUGAUCGCCCUCGCCGUCCUCGCCAUCGUGAUCGUCGGCGCCGUCGUCGGCGGCGCGGUCGGCGGGACGGUCGGGAAGAGCGACGGGAAGAGCGGCGGGGACGGCGACCUGACCGGUUCGCCCACCGACUCGUUCACCACGCCGACCGCGACGUCGACGACGGGCGGGGAUGGCGGGCAGGGGCAGGCGGCGACUACGACGACGGCUGCGGGUGGGCAGGGGCAGGGGACGGCGUCGCCGACGACGACGACGAGCUCUGGGGGUCAGCAGCAGCAGGGGCAGGGAACGAAUAACGGGGCGGCGGAUACGGAUGGAGGCGAUAUCGCUGUCGUUGCCGCCGGUGCUGGGAGGCGGCGGUAGUGAUCUAUACCUGCGGACAGGCCUUCUCCUCGUCGCCUUCUCUGUCUUGACGCUUGUUUAUUAUUCUGUGCUUUGGUUGCCUCCGGAACGCUUUUCAUCAUACGACUGCCAUGCUGCAGCUGCACGCAGAGUGAUUGAAGACAACGCCCGCGGCCAAUUCUGCUGAGGACACCCUCACAUCUCUCAACUCUGCUUCGGCUUUGUUUGGUCGACUGAUAUGUUGAGAUGGAAU